GUCCGGGGUUCCUUCGGUGGAUAUUUGCGCCUUUAGCGUGCUCAAUCUGAGGCUGCUUUGGGAUCCUAGAAAGUCUAUCUGUUAAUUAGUCGAUGAGCGUCAGCAUUGGCCCUCGCUACAUUAUCAGCACAUCCCCAAAAGCUUCCCCAGAGAUCUUCCUCUCAAGCAGCCAUCUGAAUCCACGAAGCUUGGUCGAGAGCCACGUACUGUGCCGCUUUGUGCAGCGAUCCCAAUCUUCCCUUCUUUCCCCCUUCUUUGUAUAGAAACGAUUUGGCGAUGAUAUGACACUAUCCCUUUGAGUACCUCACUUAGUGCGCAAUUCGGUCGCGAUUCUUUGUCCACUAGCCGAGCGCCUCAACCACAGCGACAAUGCUCACUCCAGAGCCUCUGGACCACGAUGCUGACAGCCUAACGCCUAUCCCGCCUCAAAUUCAUCACUGGGUACGAGCUGUGGUGAUUUUUGGGUUCCUAUCCUUCGUCACUUCCGUCACGCUUCUCUUCCUCCUCAUCUAUCGACUCAUCCAAUGGCAAAUCAAGUCCAAACGCACCAACCAGUUCGUUAUUCUGAUCUUCAACCUCGUCUGGGCCGACAUUCAGCAAUCAUUGGCAUUCGUGCUCAACAUCGAAUGGCUUCGGAUGGACUCGGUGAACAUUGCAUCGCCGAUUUGCUGGGCUCAAGGAUGGUUCGUGUCCACUGGUGACCUUGCAAGCGGGGUGUGGUGUUUUACAAUAGGGUUGCACACCUUUGCAUCUGUUAUUCUCAACUAUCGACUCCCGCCACGCUACUUCUUCCUGACGGUUGCUAUGCUAUGGAUAUUCAUUUACGGGAUGUCAGCCAUUCCAGCAUUAUUGUAUGGCAAAAACCUGUAUGUUCGUGCUGGCACUUGGUGCUGGAUUCACCACAACCUUAACGACCUCCGCCUUUGGACGCACUAUUUCUGGAUCUUCUUAUUCGAAUUCGGUAAUGUUAUUAUCUAUGCCGUCAUCUAUGCGAUGUUGCUGCAACGCAUCCGCUCGGGUUACUACACAGCCAUGGAAGCGGAGCGCGUUAAGGCCAUCUCGAAUUUGAUGGUUGUGUAUCCCAUCGUCUACGUUAUUUGCACCUUGCCUCUUGCUUCGGCCAGGAUGGCCAGUAUGAGCGGUCACCCACCAUCACUCGCAAGACUGUGCUUAGCUGGAGCAAUGAUCACUUCAAACGGUUGGCUCGAUGUCCUGCUAUACACGUUGACGCGCCGGAUUAUGGUUUUCAGUGAUGAGCCUCCAGCCGAUGACAACGGCCUCGACACCUUCUCCGCCUUCUGGGCCGAAUCGCCACGACGCUUCGGCGCAGCAACUACGAUUGAAGCUGUCGGUUGUCCCAGUUCCGCCAGAGAGAAGCAGAAACCGAAAAGGACCCGCGCGGGACGAGGUUUAGUGACUCUUCCCGCUAAGAGCGAAAGCUCUGAUGAUCUAUGCGGAAGCAAGGAUAUCAAGCUCGUUACGACCACCCACGUCACCAGCGAGCCUGCCCAGCCUGCGGACUACUUGGAGAUGGAAGCCGAGGCGAGGAGAAAGCGGCCUCGAACUCCGGUUGGGCGUUGGAGCGAGGAGAGUGGGAAUCUGAAGGAAUUCCAAUUGGAGCGGAUCCCGGAUUGA